AUUGGUUCCCUCCAUCAUGGCCUCGGAUGUGUACUGUCCCUGCCUCAUCGGCGUCUGGUCUGUUACUGCCGUCUGUUUGAAGUGCCAGACCCCAACAAACUGCAGAAACUGGGCUUACAUCAGCGGGAGAUCUUCCUGUUCAACGACCUCUUAGUGGUGACAAAAAUCUUCCAGAAAAAGAAGAAUUCGGUCACGUACAGCUUCAGACAGUCCUUCUCUCUGUAUGGGAUGCAGGUCAUGCUGUUUGAGAAUCAGUAUUACCCAAAUGGAAUCAGGCUUACAUCAGCAAUACCUGGGGCAGACACCAAAGUCCUCAUCAACUUUAACGCGCCCAACCCCCAGGAUCGCAAAAAGUUCACUGAUGAUCUGCGAGAGUCCAUCGCUGAGGUGCAGGAGAUGGAGAAGUACAGGAUAGAAUCGGAGUUGGAGAAGCAGAAGGGCGUGGUGAGGCCCAGCAUGUCCCAGAGCUCGGGGCUGAAGAAGGAGACCGGAAACGGCAACAUGAACCGGGCCAGCCUGGAUGACACCUACGCCAUGGGGGAGGGGCUAAAGAGGAGUGCUCUGAGCAGCUCCCUCCGAGACCUGUCUGAAGCAGGCAAGCGGGGGCGUCGCAGCAGUGCAGGAUCACUAGACAGCAAUAUGGAAGGGUCCAUCAUUAGCAGCCCGCACACGCGACGGAGAGCAGCGACCCCACGCGAGGGUGCACCACGGGGCCCGCCGCCUCCGCCGAUGCCCAACUCCACCUCCAUUUUGGGAUCCCUCUUCGGCAGCAAACGCGGAAAGGCGCCAUCCUCGUCAUCCCAGAGUCACCACCCACCACCCACUUCGAUACCUCCACCGGGACACCCUACCCUCAUCUCCCACAAGCCGCACCCCACCAACCUGCACCACACAGCUCAAGUGCAGCACCACGGCCACCACUCGCAGUUCUGCCAAGUGCCCCAAAAUCCACCGCCCUACCACCAUCACCACCACUACCAUCCCCCGCCCCACACGCAGUUCCACCACCAGUCCCAGCAUCCCGGCUAUGGCUCCUCUUCCUCUUCUUCGGCGCAUCCCCCUCCGCACCCCCACUAUAGGGAGCAUUCACAUCACAGCUCCCAUUCACAUCACCACAACCAGCAGUCCAGUUCAAGCGCGCCCAAACCUAAACACAGUGGUAUCAGCACCGUAGUGUGAUGUUCUCAUUAGAAAUAAAUUGUAGAAAAUGAAAGGACUUGGUUGGUUGGUUGAAGGAUUAGCUUAUACACCAAAGGGACUGAUUGAUAGCAUGACUCUAUGGCCUGUCCACUGUGUUUUAGAGCUGCGGUGAUGCUAAACAAAAUCACCCGCGGUACAACUCGUCACACCUCCGACUUCUACAGUAUAUGCAGGACGGGACUCUACUCUUCCACUCGGGGCCUUUGUGAGAUUUGGGUGUUGUGGCCACUCCACUUUGCUGCUGCUGCUGCUUCCUGACCUGAAUAAGCUUCACAAAAAAUGGAGGAACGCAACACAAUAACUCAUCCAGUUUAUCUGUCACAUUGAUGGCAUAACUUCUAGCACUUCUUUUCCAACAACAUAUGAAUGCUAUAUUAUUGUAGCCUCCUCCCUGUCACAUGUAGUGGAUUUCACAUUUCAAGGACAGAUUACUGAGCGGACCAUCUCAGUCAUAGUAGUUUUAGUGCUGUAAUUACUGUAGGUGACAGCUAUUAGUGUUGUCUUUCAUAAUUAAAUGUGCCAAUUAUUAAUGCAUCUUCUAUUUAGUCGAGACUUCAUGUACAGUAUAUUGUGCGUAAAAGUAAUUUGUAAGAUUAUACUUACAAUUAUUAUCAGCAAAAAUGAAUUUUUAUCAGUAUUAUACUGACUAUGUGGUAACAGGAUGAAGGGUUAUGAAAGGAUGAACUGAAGCUAAAACUCUUUAGUGUCUUUAAAAUGUAACACAGGGAUGCUCUCGAUAGCAGCUAUUUCAUCUGGCACUCACAACAGUAGAAACUGUUCAAAAUCUCAACAUAAAUCUCACUAGUUACACAUCAUGCUUCUCAAUAGCUAAAACACAAGGUCUAUUUAUCACUUAUUUAUUUCCACAAAAUUGAAAAAUUGUCUGCUGUGUGAGUGGAACAGCUACUUUCUAGGCAUCCCAAAUCAAACUAGAAACACUUUUGAAGUCUUAUUUUGCCUUGUUCUUUAACUCACCAAAAAGAUUUAGUGAGUGUUUAAAAUCUGUUCAAACUUAGUAUUUGUUUAGUUUUUUAUCAAACGUGCAAUAUCUUUGUAAUGAUUUUGUACAUUAAGAACAAGCCCCGAUUUGUGCUCUUUCAUGUUUUGUUAUUUAUUUAUUUUUGUUCCGACCCCCGUUGAUGUCGAGAUAAAUUCUACAUGUGGCAGUCUUUUUGGUCUUUUGAGAGCGAGACUUUGAGGUUCAGUGGAAUGUCUAAUUAGUGAUUUCUUUGCAUGUACUGUUCUUGACGUGAGGCUAUCUGCACAUUGUAAACAAAAUCAGUGUUACCAUGUUAGCAAGGUUAAGUGCAAUCAUGUUUAAAAAUGCAGACUUGAGCUGAAGUCUGAGAGUGUCCAGGAAGAGAUUCAGGUAAAAUAAAAAAUACAUUUUGACAUUUAAAAAAUAGAAAUACUUAGAUGUGGAAAGAGGAAUGUGUGUAUAUAUUUUAAUAUAGGAAUAUGCUUCUCCUUGAGCUGAACAGAAAUAUUUUGCUGGAUAAGCACAUAUGAAAGAACUCUUUCAUUUUUUAAGGAACUGCAGUUGUAAUAUAAAGCAAGGAUCUGGUAAAAUGUAAAGAUUAACUUUCUACAGUCUACAAAUAAGAGUCUAUUAUAGUGUAUAAACUAGUGACAGUAAACUGUUCGUCCCAAUAUUCAGGUUGUAAAUGUAUUUGAACAUUUCACUCUUGCCAUAAGUCAGGCAUAAGCAUAACAAACAUAUCAUAUAGGACUGUAAGAUCAGUUGAAUGUCUUUCCGGUUAUUUUUGCUAAACCUCCACACAAUACAAAACAAAGAAAAUAUGUUUGAUGUGUGUUCAUAGAUUCAAUGUUUUCUGUCAUAAAUGUUCGAAAUGACCCCAACAAUGCACUGCAUGGAUCUGAUCAGAGCAACACGUCACUGUGAGCUGAUAGAAGAAGAAAACUAAUCAGCCUAUAUAUUUUUGUUUUGUUUUUUUCCAGAAAUUAACAAAAUGUUGACAUGUCCUUGCUAUUCCAUGUUGGAGUGAUAUUUAUUGAUGCUCGGCAUGCAUUUUAUCAACAAAGCCAUUGUGUAAAUUCUAAACAUUAAUGAACAUUGCACUUCUGUUUGCUGAGGGCUUUCAUCUUGUAAAUAUGGGUUUGGAUUAGAGUAAAGAGUGUAAAGGGACCAAUACAAAUAUGAGUUUAACUAUAAAGGAGCUGUACAUACUCUGUGUAUACAAUCCUCUAUUCUGACAUGUGCAGAAGAUAUAAGGAGGACGCAUCACCUCAAGGAAGGAUCAAAAGGGUGAAACAUAUCGACUGUCUUUGCCUCUCCUGGGACUCACAUUUGCUGUAGAUGAAAAUGAAAAAACAGACUGUUAUAGAAAGUUGCCAUUUAUAUCCAAGCUCGGCUCACACGUGUCAUUCCCGCUCAUUGCACAAACACACACAAGGGACAUACAGAACGCUGCUGCAAGCUGUUCAGUCUGGCGUCAAAAAUACGUUGGAGAGAGAGAAAAAAAUAAGGGAAAAGACACGAGAAUGGCGUCAUUAAUUGUGCAUUCUGUUUGUACAGUGAGUAGUGAGUCAGUUAAGACCCCAGUUAUUGUAAAACUUCAACUGUGACCAUGUUGAACGCAAAAAUAAACAAAUAUAUGACUUAUGGUU